AUGCUGUACGACUGGUACACAGAGAAAGGACCAAGCCAUCACGUUGAGCCAAUCAUCGUGGAUGCCGAUGAUUACAUGUCUGACAAGAAGACUGUAGAGGAACUUUGUAAGCGAGUGGGACUUGAUUCAGACGCGAUCAUCUACACGUGGCCCAAGGCUUCGGAGGAGGAAUUGAACAGUAUGUUGCCAAUGGAAGCAAAGAUCAAGUUCACGAUACUUGGAUCUGAUGGAGUGAUUCCGGGUCGCACAGCGGCUGGCUUUGAUAUGGCCAAGGCACAGCAGGAAUGGAUCUCUCAGUACGGUGAGGAUGGAGCUGCCGAGAUCAAAGGGUUGGUGGAAAGAACGAUGCUGGACUACGAGAACAUGCGAGCGCGGAAAAUGGCGUUUUAG